GUCACACUCCGAUUUGUUUGUUUUUUGAUUAGGCCAUGUUAAUUAAAAGUUAAUUAUGAACCGAGAUCGUCGUUUCUGGACUGACUUUAUUGACUUGUACAGAGCCCUGCCCUCGCUGUGGCGCCGUGGCAGCAAAGAAUACGCCAACAAGUGCCUCAAGGCCCAGGCUUACCAGCAACUGGUGGCCAAGCUGCGCGAACGGUAUCCGAAGGCGGACCGCCAAACUGCGAUCAAGAAAAUCAACUGCUUUCGGACAAACUACAGGCGUGAGAAGCGUAUGCUGGAUAUCCACAGGCGGGCGGGAGAGCGGUGCUCCACAACCCUGUGGUUUUUCCACCAGUUGAGAUUCCUGGACAAAUCGCUGCACUGGAAGGGUAGCCGUGAAAUGUCAGAGGAGCUAGAAGAGGGGAGCGAAGACCAGGACAUAUACAGCCCAUGGCCGAAGCAGCUCAACUACGAGGACUACAUAGAGCUCUAUGAUGAGAUGCUGGUGGACAGCGACUGCGACAGCGAAGAGGAUGGGCUGCAGGAGAACCUUAACUUCUGGCAGGAGUUUCUCCAAAUUUACAAAGGCUUACCCUCGCUCUGGAACACGGACAGCUUCGAGUACUGGGACUGGCAACAAAAGAGCAGAGACUAUAAGGUUCUUGUAGACAAGCUAAGGGAGAUCUAUCCCAGAGCUGCCUCUAUGGACAUGGCCAAGCGUAGGAUCAACCACUUUCGCUCUGCAUUUCAUCGCGAACACAGAAAGGUUUUGGAUGCCGAAAGCUCCAUGUUGACUUAUGUGCCAAAACUAUGGUGUUACAAUCUCUUGUUAUUCCUGAGCAAUCACCUGGAGAGUAACGAUGAUCUCAUAGAGGAAGAAGCUGCUAGUCAGCAAAAGGACUUCCGAGCUGUUGAAGAUUCCCAUGAGGCUGUUAGCUGCUCUGAACUUAACAGAUUUGACAAUAGGACACCAAAAGAGUUCCAAAGUAGCACAUCGAGCCAGAAAUCAAACAAUUCCAGUAUCCUGGAGGACCCCAUAGCUUUAUCCUGGAGUGCCCAGUACAAAGAAAUGGACCAGCAUCAAAAGGUCCUGGCCCGAAAACUAAUUGGAGACAUCUUGUUCCAGGGUUGCCUGGGCAACCUAAGCGUGGAACUAACCCAGGCCGUUCAGAAAGUGUUUAACCCUUAACCAAUCUAAAAAACGUUUAAAUGGGAGAAAUAUCAAGCACUUAAGUGACCUUACGGUAUUGUUACGCAAAAUGUGUUAAUCAGAAUAUAGUUUAUGUUAGUUUAUUGUUAAGUUAAGUGCUAAUUCCUGUUUGAAAGAUUUGAAAGAAAACCUGUUUUUCAUAUAUAUCAUGAGCUUUAGCUCAUUUUAGAUUUUUAAAGGAUUUUUGUUUUUAAAUAUACGCUUUUUAUGCAGUUUAUUCACUUGAGACUUAAAUCAUUGCCCUCUUAACGUUGAUUUCUCAAAAAUAGAUACGCUACGACAUCGCUUCCUGUAUUAAAUAUUGACAUUGGCAUUUUCCAAUUAUCUCAAGCGUCUUGACACAACUGUAACCAAGACUUCUGGUCUUGGCCAAACACCAGACAAACCAAAAGCGUUUCAAUUAAUUAAUGCCGCUGGGUCAGCAAGUCAAUUGGCAGCUGAUUGGCUUUCAUGUUCACUUGUAUUCAGGCUUUAUAUAUAUUGUUCUAUAUUUAUCUAAAAAAAAAUUAAUUUCAAAGUAUUAGAAAACAAUGAACCAAAAAAAAAAUUAACUACGAACUACCAGCUGCUGCUCAUAUUGUUUUUGUUAUAAAUAAUCUAAAAACUA